CCCCCAUUUUCUCAUCACUCCAAUGCAUCGCCUAAUCGGUAUCCUAGUGAUCAUGGCGUCGGCAGCCGCCGUACCCAUGUCUUCCUCCUCCUCCAAGCAUGUUUCGCUUCCCGUCUCUUCCUUGCAGGGAGCGCCAGUUCCACCGUCCCUUUGCCAGGAGUGCAAAGAAAUUAUUGGGACCUUGCAGAACAUCGUCUCUGAUGCCAACAAGACGUACAGCGAUCAAGUCCAGAAGUUUUUCCUUGAGAAUGUCUGUCCUCAACUGCCACCGGAGAAGCAGAGCGACUGCAAGGCCUUCGUGGUGCAGACGCUGCCGAAGAUCUGGGCUGACAUCAUUGACGAUGUUCUUGACCCGACACUCACUUGCAAGUCGCUACAACUGUGCAAGACGGAGACUAGGGGUUUGCAAGACGUCGUUGAAUGCAAACUCUGCCAGCAAGCGGCCAAGUUCAUUGACAAAGAGAUUCUUGAGUCACCGGAUGUGGAGGCGAAGGUCACUGAGAGGCUGAAAAAAGUUUGCGAUGAUAUUCCCAAUGCAAACGCCACCGUCAUUGCCAAGUGCAGAACGGUCAUUGAUAGCGAGACGCCGAAGUUUCUUGAGGACCUCGGGAAAGUGAUCAGCGACAGGAUCUGUAUCGAGGCCGAACUCUGCCCGAACGAUGUUCUGAAGAGGAAGACCAAGGCAAACCCAGCAGCUUGCAAAGAUUGCAAGAAGCUCAUCGUCCAGCUUCGCAACGUCAUGACGGACUUGAACUCUACCUACUCGCAAGCCGUCGAUCAAUUCCUCAUCGAGCACGUCUGUACCCCACUUCCUCAAGAAUUCCGCAAGGAAUGCCAGGACGUCGUCGAUAAGUCUGUCGCCGAGAUCUGGGCGGAAAUUCUCACCGAUGUUUUGGACGAGACCAAGGUCUGCACAGACCUGAAGCUCUGCGACUCGUCGUCCUACAAGGGCGUCGUAGAGUGCAGGAUCUGCAAGGAGUCGACCAAGUUCAUAGACGACAAGAUCUUUGAGGACCCCAAGAUCCAGGAGAAGGUGGCAACGAGGCUGGAGAAGAUCUGCAAGAGAAUCCCUGACGCCAACCCUGCGAUCAUCGAAAAGUGCCAGACGAUGGUGGAGCAGGAUACUCCGGACCUCAUGGCGGACAUCGGGCAGAGGAUCAGCAACGAGCUCUGUCAGGAGGCGCAGAUUUGUCCGGGGAGAUGAGGACGAGGGAGGGAGGAGAGGCGCGUGCUCCUGUGGUCCUGGGGGUGAGGAGCGGAGAGGUAGGAAGAGCUUUGAACGUAUGGAGCUGGGAGGGAGACUGCUGUUUUCCAAGUUUUUUAUGCCUGUCGGCAGUGCAAUCCCGCUAGAUUCUGC